GUCUUCGGCGCGGACGCGAGCCAGAGCGACGUGUACGACGGCGCGAUCGCGCCCAUCGUGGAGGAGGUAUUGGAAGGGUUCAACUGCACGAUCUUCGCGUACGGGCAGACGGGGACGGGGAAGACGCACACGAUGGAAGGGGAUCUCUCCGCCGUCGGCGUCGACGGCGGCGACGCCGACGCGUUGCCGACGGACGCCGGCGUCAUCCCGCGCGCCAUGGCGCACGUCUUCGAGUACCUCAAAGCGAGCGGCGCCGAGUUUGAAGUCAAGUGCACGUUUCUGGAGCUGUACAACGAGGAGAUCACCGACCUUUUGUCCCCGGAGUCGCCCGCGGAGGGCACGCUCGAGGCUGCCAACGCGGAGAAGCGCCGGCACAACCUUCUCGAGGACGGCAAAGGCGGCGUCAGCGUGAAGGGCCUCGAAGAGAUCACCGCGCGGUCCCCCGCCGAGAUUUUCCAGCACCUCGCGAGAGGCAGCGCCAAGCGAAGGACCGCGGAGACGCUCUGCAACAAGCAGUCGUCGCGCUCGCACAGCGUCUUCAGCGUGACGAUUCACACGCGCGAGCACAACGCCGCGAACGGGGAGGAUCUGAUCAAGCAGGGGAAGCUUAACCUUGUCGACCUGGCCGGGUCGGAGAACAUCUCGCGGUCGGGCGCGAAGGACUCGAGGGCGCGCGAGGCGGGAGAGAUCAACAAGUCGCUGCUCACGCUCGGCCGCGUCAUCACCGCGCUCGUCGACAGACUCGCGCACGUCCCGUACCGAGACUCGAAGCUGACGCGUUUACUGCGAGACGCGCUGGGAGGGAAGAGUAAGACGUGCGUCGUCGCGACCAUCUCGCCCGCCAGUCAAAACGUCGACGAGACCGUCUCCACGCUCGAGUACGCGCGCAGAGCGGCGGCGAUCAAGAAUAAGCCGGAGGUGAACGCGCGG